GCAUACGGCUGCGAGGUAAACUGAUUCACUAUAGCCAUUUGACCUGGUCGUACCUUCUCUCACUUGUCUGCCGUGACUUCGCAACAGCCUCACCGCCUUCCUUUUCUGUACCCUUGUUCAUAUGUGAAUACUUCACACGGAAGGCUCCUUCCUUAUCCACCACCAGUCUCCACCGUAGUAGCCUUCACAAAUUGUUCACUCUGCGGGGUUUACUAUUCUGAAGACUGCUACCGCUAGACCUUUCAGGCUUCAAGACUAACACUCAGACUAACAAAUAGCAGCCAGACGUUAUGUCCUCACUAACAUCAACCGAUGCUGACCAUGUCCGACAGACUUUGAUGAAGCUCUCUGUUGCCGUUCGCGAGAUGACACCUGCCGGCGCGAAACAGGUGUCGCACGCACCCAAUUUAUUGGCUCGUCCUGUAUACGGUGGCUGUCGCGUCUGUGGUCUUCCUGGUCAUCAGUCUGCUGAUGUUCAACAUCCGGCCGCAUGUCGAGUCGCUCUGCUCUCGCUGAUCGGCUUCUGGGAGGUCGUCGCAGACCACGUAUCUUUCCUGUACCAGUAUUCCGAACGCUUCCAGAAGGCUAUCCAAGCCAACGAGCCGACCUACGCGAUGCGUUUUGAUAAUCGUCCGCUCAAGGGUGGUGAUAUGGAGGCCGUGCUUGUAGACCGCCUGACGGGAAACUUUCUCAAGUUUCUGGCGCAUGUUCGGGGUAUCCGAGCCAAGAUUAAUGUGGUGCUCGACGAAGAGGGUAUAGGCAGGUACGAGCGCGUGGCCAAGAACUUGGAGGGGUUCUUCCUGGGUGGGCUGACCUUGUCCAACCUCUACGAGCGCAGUAUGGCGAUGGAAAAGUGAGGAAGUCUUGUCAUACUUGGACGGUCGAUUGACUACCCUUCAUGAUUGUCACGGGCAAGACCUAAACGUACCAUCGAGCAUUCUCAAAUGGAUGUUUUCUCAGGAUGUGGCUCAAAGACUCUGUCCUCAAGCUAAUUUCCAUCAUCUUCACCAUCCUCAGAAAAUAAUGACAGCUUUAUAGAACCAAGACUGAUACUUCAAUUACAUCAUCUAUAGCGGUGAGUGAGAAAUUCAUCUGCACGUCAUUAGAGUCAAAU